GGGGCGGAUCUUAAAUCCAGUGGACGUCCCCAGCAGUGCUGAAAUGCACCCCCGUCAAUGUGGUCAGUCAUUUCACCGACAAGAUCUUCCGUGGAAUUAAAUCUCACAGACGCUUUUGCACCAUUUUUUUUGCGUCAUUUUCACCAAACGGAAGCCGCGUCCUGGACCUCCACUGGGGUGUGCAUUGCGUGUCCGUGAGAACAAUGACGUCCAUUGUGUUAAAACAGCCAUGCCGAAGGUACGUGCUGCUCGGCAUUGUUGUUCUUUUCUGCACUGUUCGUGAAAUAUUAGCCUCCGUGACUCAUUAUUCGAUACCGGAGGAAAUGAAAGAAGGGUCCGUGGUUGCAAAUCUUGCCACCGAUCUCGGAUUGGAUGUUAAAACACUGAAUCAGAGGAAAAUGCGUCUGGAUAUUAUUGCAAAUAAGAAAUAUCUGGACGUGAAGAGAGACACCGGGGAGCUUUAUAUUGUUGAGAAGAUUGACAGAGAAAAUAUUUGCAACACGAAAUCAUCGGCGUCUUGUUAUCUCAGACUGGAGGUGAUUCUUGAAAAUCCUGUGCGCAUUUUUAACAUCGAGGUAGAAAUAAUGGACAUGAAUGACAACGCCCCUCAAUUUAGAAGAGACGCCAUUCAUUUGGAUAUAUCUGAAUCGACACCUAAAGGGGAGAGGUUCUCUCUCAGCAACGCCGUGGAUCCUGACGUGGGCAGCAAUACAGUGAAAACAUACCAGCUGAGUGAAAGUGAGCAUUUUAACAUUGAAGUUCAAACUGGAAGAGAAGGAACAAAAUUCGCAGAUUUGAUAUUAAAAAAGAAUUUAGACAGAGAGCAGCAGGCUGUGCAUAAUUUAAUACUAACAGCAGUAGAUGGCGGUACACCCCCUCGUUCUGGUACUGCCAAAAUUAUUGUUCAGGUCUUAGACACUAACGACAACGCCCCUUUGUUUGAUAAAUCUAUUUACAGUGUUAAAAUCAUGGAGAAUUCUCCAAUCGGAAGCCUUGUUAUCGAUUUAAACGCUACCGACUUAGAUGAAGGCUCCAAUUCUGAUUUAACAUAUUCAUAUAGUUUAUACACACCAGAGAAAACACAAGGAACCUUUAACCUGAAUCCUUCUACUGGUGAGAUUACUGUUAAAGGGAUGUUGAAUUAUGAAGAUUUUCGCAUUUAUGAUAUGGAAGUUAUAGCAGCCGACAAAGGAGUCAACAGUUUAUCAGGACAAUGUACGAUCAAAAUUCAAAUUGAGGACAUGAAUGACAAUCAUCCGGAAAUAUCCAUAAAAUCUUUCCAAAGUCCGGUCAGCGAGAAUAUCGAUGUCGACACGGUGAUAGCCGUGGUCAGUGUGAGCGAUAAGGACUCAGGUGACAACGGCGUGGUGGAUCUUCACAUUCCUCCUAAUAUGCCUUUUCAACUGAAAGAGUCAUCUGAUAACUAUUAUGAGUUGGUGGUCUCGGAGCCGUUAGACCGUGAGAAGGUUCCAGAAUAUGACAUCACCUUCACCGUGACAGACAGAGGCUCCCCUCCUUUAAGCGACAACGAAACAAUGACUUUACAUCUGCUGGAUGUGAAUGACAACGUUCCACACUUCCCUCAGUCCUUUUAUACCAUACGUGUGAUGGAGAAUAAUGCUCCUGGCGCCUUGCUCAGUUCGCUCAGCGCGUUUGACCCCGACCUCCACGAGAACCAGUACCUGGUUUACUUCAUCCUGGAGAAGGAGAUAGCCAACACCUCCAUGUCCAUGCUCUUCUCCAUUAACCCGGAGAACGGUAACCUGUACGCGCUGAAGACUUUUGACUAUGAAAUGGAGAAGGACUUUCUUUUCCACAUCGAGGCCAGAGACUCCGGUUCUCCUCCGCUCAGCAGCAACGUGAGCGUCCACAUCAUUAUUGUAGACCAGAACGACAACGCUCCGGUUAUUGUCUCUCCCUGGCGAGCACAUGGCUCAGUCGUGGAGGAGAAGAUCCCCAGAUCCACGGAUAAAGGUUCUCUGGUGGCCAAGGUGAUAGCCUUGGAUGUGGACUCGGUGCACAACUCUCGCAUCACCUACCAGUUCCUGCAGGUGGCCGACGCCACCUUGUUCAGUCUGGACCAGUACAACGGAGAGAUCCGCACCAUGAGGAUGUUCAGUUACAAAGAUCCACGCCAUCAGAGACUGGUUGUUGUUGCCAAGGACAACGGGGAGCCCGCUCUAUCUGCUACGGUCACCAUCAAGCUGUCUACAGUGGAGACUGCUGUGAAGGCCUACUCAGACAUGACUGAGGUGCCUCUGGAAUACGACAUCUUCUCAGACCUCAACCUGUAUUUGGUCAUCGGUCUGGGUUCCGUAUCCUUCCUGCUGCUCAUCACCAUCUUGGUCACCAUCGUUUUGAAGUGUCAGAAGGCCAAGCCCAGCAUGGCGGCCCCCCCGUCCAGGAACAGUGUCAUCAGCGAGAGGAACUCCACCAUGGCAGAUUCCACUCUGGUGUCCAACGAUGCCUACUGGUACAGUCUGUUUCUAGCAGAGACCAGGAAAGGAAAGCUGGUGGUCAGACAGCCUCUGCCAAAGGGCUCCAGAUACAUCGUGUCCAGUAUUCCCAGGAGCACAGGCAUGUCUGAGACCAGCGGUUCUGCUACUUCUACUCUGCAGGUAUGGAGCGACAUGCUAUUGAUUUGUUGUUUGAAUCCGUAUGAUAAUAUAGUACAAUUCAGUACAUUAAUUUUGCAUAUCAAACUAAUUUUGGUAUUCAACAUCGUCCGGUUGUGUGUCAUUCAAGUCAUUCAUAUUUCUUGUAAAUCCUGA